CGCACCGCCCCCAUCACCUCCUCCUCCUCGCGCUCAGCUCACACGAGGAAGCCGCAGUCGCGACAUUUCACGAGCGAGCCAGUCACUUCGCCCGCCCGUGCCCCCCAGCUCUUGAACGACUACAACGACAACGACCACGGUAGCAGCAGCAGGCACGGCGAGUGAGUGCAGCCGUGCAGGCAACAGCAGCAGCAGUAGCAGGAGGUGGAGGAGGAGGAGGUGGAGCGAGACGCAGCGUGGGGACUGCUCGGGGCUGCGCUCCUCCCGUGGGGUCCGGGCUGCUGCGAUGAGCCAGCAGCUGGAGCUGGAGCAGCAGCAGCUGGAGCUGGAGCAGCAGCAGCUGGAGCUGGAGCGGGUGCUGCACGCCCUGACGUGCCGCCUGCAGCAGGUGGGGGUGAGAGACGAGAGCGGGCAGGACGGAUUCACGCGCGAGUACUCGAAACUCAAGCGCAAGUCUGUGAAGCAUCGCAAUGACCGCUCCUUCCCGACGGCGGCCGGCGAACUCCCGGAGAACAGCAAGAAGAACCGAUACAAGGACAUCCUCCCAUUCGAUUACUCACGAGUUGUCCUCAGCUUACAAACCGACGAGGCCACGUCUGACUACAUCAACGCGAACUUUGUUCAGGGUCUGAACGGGCCCCGUACUUACAUCGCCACUCAAGGGCCUCUCGCUCACACGGUCAUCGACUUCUGGAGGAUGAUCUGGGAGUACGAAAUCCAGGUAGAGACACAGCUGCACGGUGAUGCUGGGGACUACAAUGCCACGGUGAUCUGGGAAUGUGACAUCCAGGUGAUAGUCAUGGCUUGCCAGGAAGUGGAAGCAGCAAAGAGAAAAUGUGAAAUGUACUGGGCCGAAGAAAACAAGCCCAACACCUACGGCAGUUUCCUCGUGGAGUGUGAUUCCAUGGAGGGGAGCAAGCAAGACAGAGCGGCAAUCCCCUCGCAGGAAACGGACGAUGCGUGUAAAGGAUACUUUGUUCGUACGCUGAAGGUCACAUUCAAAGAGGAAACCAGGGAAAUCUUCCAUUUCCAGUUUCCUUCAUGGCCAGACCACGGAGUCCCAGAGUCUCCGCACAGCAUCCUCUGCAUGGUCGCCCACAUCCACAGGAAGCAGGGGGCAGCCGCCAGCCCCAUCUGCAUGCACUGCAGCGCUGGCUGUGGAAGAACCGGAGCGCUCUGUGUCAUCCAUUACACGUGGGACCUCAUCAAGUCGAAGAGAAUAGAAGAAAAUUUCAGCAUCUUCAAUGUGAUCCAGGAAAUACGGACACAGAGGCCAGCAGCUGUUCAAACCAAGGACCAGUACGAGUUUGUGUAUCGCGCCAUCUCCACGAUGUUCUCCAACGAGCUGGACAAGAACCCAGACUACGAGAACCUCAGCGCCCACUACGAGAAGCUGGAAUCCUACUAUACAGAUGUGCUGCAGAGCGGCAAGCCAAUGCAGAGACCCUGCAUCCCUCUCAAGACAUCUCGCUUAAGCGUUCCGUCGCCAAACGCCGGCGAUCGCGCCGAAAGCCCCACCAAAUCUCCUGCGAGAAAAAAGAUCUUCCCACCGGCUGAGGACAGCGGCAGCAGUCGCAGUGGUGGCGGCAGGAAACCCGCGGAGCUGCCAAGCGAACGGUGUGGCAGGGACGACGCGGUGCAGCCCAGGUGGAAGAGCGACUACGAAGUUGUGAUCGUCCCCGAGAAGCCGAUGAGGAGCAGGCCGUACGAGACGUACGGCGCGCCGGUCACGCCGGACUACGAGAACUUGUUCGUUUCCAAUGGUGGCAAUGGCGGCAACGGCGGCGGCAAAGCCCGCGUGGGCGGUGGCGGAGCGGCCCAGCACUACGAGGUCGCGGCGCCCUCCCCCGGCCCGCCGCCCGCUGACCCGAGCGGCGUGGACCGCCUGUACUCUGCCGUCACUCCACGCAAUCAGAGGCCUGGGAAACUGGCAAAGUCCUCCUCGGUCGACAGCGGCAGUGAAGGAGGAGGAGGCGGCGGAGACAGAGGACAGUCAUCGGUGCCGGGGGGGCUCGUGACCCCCCUCUACUCCCAGGUCCAGCCGCCCAGGCUCCCGGCCGCCAUCUACAGAGAGGCAUCACCUCCUCAAGGGCCGAUGGCUGGGGCUGCCUUCUACAGCGAGGAUGGAGCUCUGUCGGCGGCGUGGUCCAGGAACUGCGCUGCAUCGUCGCAGGACAAAACGGAGUAUGUCAUCACGGCUCCAGACGGAGCAGAUGACACCCUCUUGAAAGGAAAUCCAAAAACCACAUCCCUUCCAUUCAACAUCAAGCAGGGUGUCAAGAUAUUUGGAAAACAACUCUUUGGAAAGUCCGAGCCACCCAGUGCAGCCACCACAGAAAAACCAGGGGUCUUGAAAGCAGCUAAUAACUCAGAUUAUGAAGACGUUGAAACCUCUCAGAACCAUAUAUCAAGCACGGCUGCCGUCAAUACAUCAAACAUGGGGUUUGGCCACCGCCUUGCGAGGCCACGCGGCCCGCGGCAGCCUCCGGCAGACUGGCCCAGCUUCUAAACGAUCAUUUCAGCGCCAGCGACGGCCAUUAGUGUUUCUUGUUUAUAAAUCAAGUAUGAAUGUAAAUUAAUAAAAAUAACAUUUAAAAAAAUGAAUGGGGCACACUGAAGUUUCGUUUGCCAACAACAAUUCAAGGAGGUGAAAUUAAGCACAAUUUUCUUGUCUCAAACUUUUGACAUGCGUGUCGUUGUUGUAAACCUCUGUCUGCUGCUUUGGCCAGAAUAAUCGGCUUGGUGCCACCACCACCGUCGUCGUUUUUUAGUCAUCGUCGUUUAUUUUAUUUUAUUAUUAUUUUAACCUAUCAACGUGACUUUACCGAAAGACCCAAAGAAUGUAUACUUAAUAACAUUUUUAUUUGAUAUAGCGUCAGUCAUGCUAAUAGCAUCCAAUAACGCUGUACAUCAAUUAUACUGAGGACCAAAUCCUAUACACAGCCACUACCAAGCAAAUUAACACCUUGCUACGUACCAAGCAAAUCUAAAAUUAAGAAAUUAAGAAAUGGCACCAAAACUAAAAAAGUUAUCAAAACAAAGAAAUUAGUCCAUUAGGUCACACCCGAGACCAUAAUUCCCAUUUUACAACCAAGACAAGAAAUCUUCACAGGAGGGACGGUGGAGUGCCAAAAAUGUACGACUAAUUUAUAUCAAUCGGUCCAAUAUCUAAAAAAUGAUUACCAAUUUUUCAGCGUAUGCCUGGAUGAAUAAAAAAAAAACUUUAGUUCAGAUUUGAAUAAUAUGAUAGAGUUGAUUUAUUGGGUGUGGAGUGGGAGGGUAUUCCAGACUGCAGGGACUGUGCAUGAGAAAUAUCGUCCACCAAUGGUUUUAAGUUUUAUUUUUAGAGUGGAGAGCCACCCUAGAGAAGAUGAACGGGGGAACCUGAGGACGGGAGUAAACUGAAAUCAGAGGCGAAAGAUAGGCAGGGGCUAGCCCGUGAAGAAUUUUGAAAACAGUGAAGUGCAAUCUUGUAGGUGAUGCUGGACUGAAUAGGUAGCCAGUGGAGCGACUGUAAAAUGGGUGUAAUGACGCUUACGGAUGUGAGUCCUCUUGCAGCUGCGUUUUGAAUGCACUGGGCACGUUGGUUGAGACACGAAGACCAAAUAAGAGAGAAUUGCAGUAGUCUAGCCUGGAAGUUACAAAUGCAUGCACUUUUGUUGCUGCAGCCGUUUCAGAGACACAGUUGCAGAUGAAAGCGGUCUUGCACAUAUAGGAAAUGUGAAGUCAAGAACGAAACCCAGUUGACCUGCCUGUUGACUAAUAUGAAGAUCAGAGUCAAGCAGAUGGACAGUAGAUUGCUGAUGUGAGGUAAUUAUUUUUCCCCCAGUUUUAGAGUUAUUUAGUUUUAGAAAAUUUUCUGCGAGUCAGUUAGAACCUGCAGUAAAACAGGCAAGGUCGCAACCAAUGACCACACAGGAGCAGAUUUCGUAACUGCAUGCCGGUAUCAGCACUGGUUGAAUACUCAACAGCUGGGCAGGUAUCCCAAACGACGGCGACACCGUGCUGUGGUAGAGGGCAGUGUCAGGCAAUGACCAGAUUCAGAGCCACAGCCAUUUGUGGUAGAAGGCGAUGUGUCACAGCCAGCAGCACCACACGAGUAGGACCCGCAGUAUUGUACCGGGACAACUCGGGUCAAAAACAGCACUAAUCCAGUGCCGUAGAAACGGUGAAGUUUCUUAUGGAAUCGAAACAGCUCACAACGUGAGGCUACGUAUAGCAAUCAGCUGCGUCGGCUUACAGCAGCAGCAAUUUUGGCUUCAUAACUUCUGUGACUUUUUUCAGCAAUAUUUGGUGUAAUUGGUGGUGAGUUCAGAGUAAAAUAAGUAAUCGCUGUAGUCAAACAGUGUGAUGAGAAGUGUAAAGUUGAGCAAGAGGUCGUGCAGUUAUGGUGGUCAGAUGAAUGUAUAUUAUGUGUUGAACCUCUUUCGCACCGUACGUAGCCAACCGCACUGAUCAGGGAUGCGUGAUUAUAAUUAUUAGAAUCACACUGAAGUGGUCUACCAGGUGACCCAGCUAAAAUUAAGCCCUUGCUACACAAACACAACACAAACUUUAGUGCACUUUACUGAUGAUCGAUACUAACAUGCUGCAUGGAAUUACAAAUCUAAUUUCUCAUGUGUCUAAAUGUAAUUGCAUCACAAUACAAUGCACAAAAACAGGACAUGUGCCUCAAGAACAACCGUGAGGGGUAUAUAUCAAGUAUAGUUUCCAUACAAGACCCUUUGCAGACAGGAUACACUCCUGUCUGCAAAGGGUCUUGUAUCAGGGCAGAGAGUCUGCACUACGCAUAUGAGGGCGUCUGGCCGCCUUUGUCUCCCUAGUGGCGAUGUUUACACAUCACACCAGGCACUAAAUCGAGGCUGAGUCGACCUCUGGAAGGCCCAGGACCGAUUCAGAUAAUCGUCACUGGUGUUGGUCCUGAGCGGAAAUCGAAUUCCGGUCCCAGCGCAGCACGCUAACCACAGCGCCACCACUCCUCACGCACCUUUGAGCUUGAAGUAAUGCACGCGAUUGGUGGCGCUGUGGAGGAUGCAGCCAUCCGCAUCUACUCCACGGGCUCUUCCACUACGGAGCCAACCUCCUCUGACCACCACGAACAGAACUAGCAGCCCGCAGAUUGUAAAUCACCCUUCUGGGAAGGUCAAGAUCUUGGUCCACCUUCAAUGGUGUAACAAGUGAAUAUGAGUGUGGUUAAUUAGUAUUGAGUGAAGUAACUGGAUAGUGUGCUUAGAUAACUGGCUGUUCGCCUGUUGGCGUCCUCUGGUCUAACACUGAGACUCGGCUCGAAAGAAAGCUGUCUGGUGUGGACCAAUCCGUUUCAAAGACAAUGCACCAUAUACUACCAGAGCAUGUUUUUUGUUUGCAUGUUCACCACAAGUAAAUGUGGUUACUCUUUGGUUCUUUCGGUAAAGUCACGUAGAAAGGAAAUAAAUUAAAUAAUAGUAGAAUACGACGUUUAGAUUGCAACACAAGCAACCAUCAUCAGGUGCGAAUUAUUUAAUUGAUUUCCUUUCUACGUGACUUUACCGAAAGGACCAAAGAGUAAUUCCUGCAAUCACGAAAGCUUCGAAUCUAGUUUUAUAUGUGGUUAAUGCAGACGUGAUUCCUUGCCAAAGGUUUUAGUUUGGUUGUUUUGACAUCAUAACACCUGUUUUAUUGCCAGAAAGGGUAAAACCUAUUCUUAUAUGUAAGUGAAUAGUUAAAUGAGUGGUGUGGUCGAGUGAUGAGCAUUGAGGUAAAUGCAGAUAGUGUGGUGGUGAGGUACCUGGUGUAGUAAAGUGGCAACGUCAUUGUAAUUAGCGUGGCGAGUGAUCAUGUUGAUUGCUAAAGUGCUAUGGUUGAAUAGUGUGAUGAGAGUAAGUGGCGUGGUUGAACAGCGUGGCCAAGCGGCGUGGUAAUGUGGUCGGAUGGUGAGACGAUUGGUGAGGUUGGAUGUUACACCGGGCAGGAGACGAACGGGUGGCAGGAGGGGGAUAGGGCCCUGGUUACACCGACGGCAACUCAGCACACAAGCGGGAGGAUAGGGUUCAAGGUAAUUUAAAAACGAACUGGCACAGAAAAUAAAAUAUAAUGAACUAAAAUAAAAGGAAUUUACAAGCACAUCAAAAACGGUGCGUUUUCAGUUUUGCAUCGCUGUUUUUCGGCAUUGAUUGUCCAACGUUUCGCUCAAAAAAGCAAACCGUGGACCGGUUUCGAUAUUCAAUGUCUCAUCAGAACCGCUGGCAUAAACACUUUCUUCCACAUUCAACUUCAGUUACAGCUCAUAGGCAAAAAACUGAAAGUAAAAUAAAAACUUCUGAUACAUUUCAAUUAAGUGCAGGAGGUUGAGAGAAUGUCUGAUUUCGACACUGUCAAUGUUUCUGCCACCAUCCCUCAGUACCGCUUGCUUUAUUCUGCUACAGUUGACAGAACCUUCCAACAUUAUGGCCAUAAAUAUUUGCGCUAAAACUUUUAUAAAACUUCACUGUGAAUGGAGUAUUUUUUUACAUCGUUGAUGUAAUGUACAGUACCGAUGAAUGUUCAUUAAAUUAUACAAAGUGAGUGCAUUUGUAUAAUCGUUAUUCACUUGUGCAUUCAAAAGUGUGACUUUCUGUUGCGAAUGCAAAUGAAAAUACCAUUGUUUAUCUUAUACAUUUUAUGCGAUGCGUACUGUUGUUUGUUAUUGUUUGUGACAAUGUCGGGUCGGCAUUUUUUAGCUUUACUCAAAUACCUUGAACAACCAGAAUUAUCUCGAGUAACACCGUUUUUUUUAUUGCUUUACGAUUGUUUAAAUGGUUUCCAUGUUGUGGUUGUGCUCUCGAUAUCUAUGAGACUUACCAGCUGCUGUACAUUGGGUUGUGGGAUAUUUCUGGUAUCUUGGAUUGCUUCAUAAAUACCAAUGUUGAUGGUGAUGUAUUUAAAUGUUUUCUUCCAAUAAAAGCUAUAUUCCA